AUGGACCUGAAGCACGCGAUGUUGGAGCCGAACCCCAAGACAGUGUUCGGUGGACAUCUCCAGAAGAUGAGGCAGGCGGAGGACGAGGACGCGGGGCCCGACCUCAUCAGCCGCCUCCCGGACGACGUCCUCGGCGAUGUGAUCACGCUGCUCCCCGCCGUGGACGGCGCCCGCACGCAGGCCCUCUCCCGGCGUUGGCGCCCGCUGUGGCGCGCGGCGCCACUCAACCUCGAGGCCAGGGUCGCCGCCUCCCCGUACGAGCGGCGCGCGGCCGCCGCCCUCGCCGCCCACCGCGGCCCGUCCGCCGCCUCGCGCUCACCUGGGACGCCUACUCCAGCGGCUUCCCCGCCAACGACGGCUGGCUCCGGUACGCCACUGCCCGUGCUCCUCCGCUUCUCGCCGAUGCUGCGGCUGCUCUGCGUAUCCUGCGACUGGUGCAGGCUCGACAUCCCCUCCGCCGCCGCCGCCGACGACGCGCGGCUAGUGUUCCCGCACCUCGAGCAGAUGACGCUCAAGGGCACCCUCCGGAGCCUUAGCAUCACCGACGGCCGCAGGGACCGGGAGGGGAGGUUCGAAGAGGACAUCGUCGAGCACGCCCCGCUGCUGGAAAGGCUCAUCCCUGACGGCCUGAUGCACGACCUGCAGAUCCGGGUGAUCCAGGCACCCAAGCUGAAGGUGCUAGGACAUCUGUAUUUCGUGACGGCAUCUCCACCAGGGUUUUCAAGGUAG